UGAGGUUGGAUAAUGAUGUCAUGAUGAGGUCGCCUCAUCGACUGCAAACCAACCUCACCUUGAAUGUUCAGGUGGUGACCAGUUGUGACUAUCAAAAAAGGCCAACAAUGCAUAUCCUAUCCACUAGUUACCUGGCUAAUAGACAUUACAUUUUUUAUUAUGGGUUCAAGACUCCAAUUCCAAUUGUCAUUGUGGAUCACAAGUGCUCUCUUUUGCUAAGGGUAGUUUGUUAUAUACGUUAACCUUGAAGCCUCUCCACCGCGCGGGUCUUAGGGUUUUUAGCUACUAUAACGCGUUCUAUAGCAAUGAAUAGCACGUGGCGAGGCCUUUGACCGCCAUCCUGCAGUUUGGUUGCAUACGAGACUACUUGCCCCGCAAGAAGAUCAGAUAACAGGAUAUUCAACGAACUGGGUUACAUACUUCCGUUCCUGGACGUCAUACUUGUGGAGGCCAACAUAUCCUUGACCUCCGCACACUUGGCAUUUUAUCACUGUUGGUCUCCUGCCUGCAUGGGCUAUCAGCAUGCGUGCAUAUAGUAGUGAAGAAUACGAAGUACAGGUGGGGAACGAAGGACGCAACCGUACUAGAUUCUGAAUUUUUUGUUAACGGAAACCGAUACCUUGGUUUGACAAGCCAGAUUAUCAAACUAUAUCAUCACCGGCCCGUUGGUGACGACAUAGCUCUCGAAUAUUUUUAACCCACCAGUGUAUUUCUACUCAUAUAAUUCUAUUAAGUCCUAGGGUUUUCUUCUUCUUUCUAGAUCAGUUGCGCAGCACACACAGCGAUAUCAUUCGGUAAGUGGUUGUCAAAAAUUUUUUCUCAUUCUUUUCUGACGUUGAGGACAUCUAUAUAGGUGGAUUUCCCCAGGAUUCACCGCCAUGGUUUAGCUGGUACCUUGUGCAGAUAUUUUCCCUCUGCCUGUAGUGAUAUCACUUCUUCAUUCCUCAUUCCUCAUUUCUCAUUUCUCAUUUCCUUUUUUCUUAUACCCUACGAUAUUUUCGCUUAGGUCUUUUCCAUUGAUACCCUGACGCCCAGCCAUUUCAUAACCUACUUCAUGCUCUACCUGCUUUUUGUGGGCCAUACUUCCGGCAUUUAUCCACGCACUGGAUAUUCCGGUGAAGCAUAUUCUUAGCUUUUUCGCCUUAUGCAGGAUUUCUUAUUUUUGAGGCCUUAUUAUAAGAGCAGGAUGACCUGGCUAAAUUCUCUCCAGCGCCACUCCCAACCUAUUGGGCUUGUGUGGAAGUUGUGAGGGACUAUCAUUUAUGGCCUUCUCAACCCCUUAAACAAUAACCAUCCACAACAGCUUCCCGGCUUAUAGUGCUGCAUUUCUCUUAUAUGUUACUUAUUGAUCUUGGACUAUUUGGCCCUGAUGCUUCUAUAUUCAGUAAAAGAACCAAAAUCUCACAAAUCACAAAGCAUCUAACAGCACCUAUUUCCAUUCUCUCCCGCAACCUUCCCCCCCCCCCCCCAACUAUCCAUCCUUUUUCAUAUGCAGGAUUAUAUGCGCUCGUCUAUGGCAGGAUCACAUCCUGCCUCGACGGAGCGUCAUCGACAAUCUCCUGCGCGCCAAGAUGACGCUCCCUCCUCCAUCAUGACCUCCGACUCGCUCCACGAGGCACAAACGUUGGAGGAUUACUCUAGAAUUAUGCACCGGCAUACACAGCGGCAGAUCGAAAGGCUUCCAUCAGUAGUUGGCCAAGACGGUAGCGAUCGAAACGGGGACACUGGCCGCUCGCCGCGGGUCAGUCAACACAACAAAGAACAGUCAAAUCUGUCAUCUUGAUAGGCGGGGGAACCAUUAAAUUUGAAAUUACGGAAAGAAGAAAACGUCCCAUCCGGGAGAUGAUGGCAUUGGAUAUGUCUUCAUCAAUUUAUUUGGGCAUGCUUUUUUUUUACCUUCAUACAUCACGCACAUUGACGUCUUCGUUUGCAUGCCAUCGCUGUCUUUUACCCUACCUAGGGAAUGCUCGAUUUCUAAAGGGCUUCAAAACGCGUUAGCCCUCUGCACCUAGUCCCAUCCAACAUUGGUAGAUGGAGCAAUGUGUACAAGGUAUUGGUUACGCGCACAUGAGAUUGCGUUGUAGAUCUAUGACUAACUUCGUCCGCUUUCUUUUCUUUCUUUCUUUUUCCUUUUUCCUUUUU